AUGAAUCCUGAUUAGCAGGCAAAGCAAGAUAAGCAAGCAGCCUAAUAGUAGAAGAUGCAAAAGCAAGGAGCUAGUGUUGAAUGCAAAGCUUCUGAAUAGGGAGAACAGAAUGAGUUAGGAGGCAAAUAAAUUUAAGAUUUCUACAUCACUAAGCAAAAUUUAGGAAAAGGUGCGUUCGGUUCAGUUUUUAUUGCGUAUAGGUUGACAAAAGAAGGAAAGAAGAAUGGCAAAUUUGCUGCUAAAGUGAUAUAAUUAACCACACUUAAUGACAAAGAGAUUAUUUAACUAACUAGAGAAAUAGAAAUUCUAAAAACAAUUCGUCAUGAUAAUAUUGUGAAAAUGGAACAUGUUACCAGAACAAAAAAUAACUUGUAUUUAUUUUUAGAGUAUAUCAAAGAUGGAGAUUUAAGCAAAUAUCUUGAAAACAAGCGUCGUCUUUCAUAAGAAGAAACUGUUUUCUUUUUUAGAUAAAUUGUUAAUGGGUUUAAGGAGCUUUAUAAACGCAAUAUCAUUCAUAGAGAUAUUAAGCCAGAAAACAUUCUAUUAGAAAAGAAGGAAAAUCAUAAAAGGCUUUUGAUAAGCGAUUUUGGAUUCGCACGUGUAGUCAACUAAGAUUAGAUGAAUAAGCAAAUAGAGCAAACACCAGUUGGUUCAUUAAAGUAUAUGGCUCCUUAGAUACUAGGAAUAAUUAACUUCUCUUGUAAAUGUGAUGUAUGGUCUUUAGGAGUGAUGAUUUAUGAAUUACUUUAUGGGUAUCCACCUUGGAUGGAUGACACAUAUCAGCGUUUAUUAAAUAGAAUUCUCAGCUAACCACUUACAUUCCCAGAAAAUGUUCAAAUAAUUCCAGAACUAAAAGAGCUAUUGCGUAGAAUGAUGACAAUUGAUGAAGAGUAGAGAAUAUCUUGGGAUGAAAUUUUUCUUCAUCCACUUAUGAAUGAAGAAUAUGAGUUCUACUCUAAAUUUAAAUAAACUGAAUCUUACAUUUAAUCUUCAAUGAAAGAAAUUUAUAUUGAAGCAGAUUUAAAACUUGCUCUUCAAGCAUCUUUAACAUAGACUUAAAAUGAUGAUUAGUUGUAGGAUUUGAAGAAAUAAGUAUGUGAGUAUCUCUCGUAUUAGAGAAAAUUGAUGAUUUUUUUGACAUAUUUAAUAAAUGAAAUAAUUAAAUUUUAAACUUUUUCUUCUUUUGAGAUAUCCAAAGUUAUUUAUCAUAAAACUUUGCUCCUGCUGUAAAAAUAAUAACAAAUAAUUAGAGAAGAAGUCCAGGCAAUUUUGAAUGCAGAGUAAAUUACUUCUAAUAUAGAAUUUUUAUAAUAGAGCUAAUUAGAAAAAUUAAAAGAUUCUGAAUGCUUUAAGUACUUUAGCUAGCUCAAAUAAAAGGAUGACGAUAAUGUGAUGCCAUUCUUUAUAUAAAUGUUUACAAAUUCAGCUAGAUAUUUAGAUACUCAUUAAGAGGAAGAGUUUGUAAAAAUUCUUAAGUAAAAACUAAAAUUAAAAGAUGAGAUUUUUACCCAAAAUCACGAAUCCAUACUCUCUUAAUUCAUUGUUGGAGUUAUGACUUCCAUUAGCAAAAAACAAAAUAAAUACCAUGAGAUAAUAUAAUGCCUCAUUUGUUGCAUAAAUUGUAGAGAGUACCAAAAAUAAUUACUCUGGGAUUAAAAUGCUAAAAGUUAGAAUUAAUAGUUGUAUUCAGUAAUAAAAGCAAUUAAAACUUCAGAUUUGAAAGUUUUAGAGUAAAAAGCAAAUGAGUAUUUCCAUUAGUUGUAGCCAUGCGAAAAUUCUCCAUUAAGAGACUCAUCUGAGUCAUAGGGUACUGCUCAAGAUAAAAUAAUUAUGUCUUAAGAGCAUAAAAAUAUUAGCAUGCUUAACUCAAGUAACGGUAAAUCUGAUUUUAAAAAGUGA